AUGGCAUGGGAUCAUCUGGAUAUCGAUAAGCCACAUUUGGCAUAUAUGAUCUUGGGUGGUUUCACAGGCCUAUUCAUGCUGUGCUCGCUUUUUGUAAAAGAGAAGCUUUACAUUGGCGAAGCAACUGUCGCGACAUUAUGUGGUAUUAUUUUCGGACCACAUGCGGCUAAUCUAUUCGAUCCCUCUUCAUGGGGGAAUGUCGACAAAAUCACUCUUGAAUGCUCGCGCAUCGUACUGGUCGUGCAAUGUUUCGCUGUUGGUGUCGAGUUACCCAAAGCCUACAUGGAACGUCACUGGAAAUCAGUGGUACUACUUCUAGUCCCCGUAAUGACCUGGGGCUGGCUUGUGACCAGUUUAUUCAUUUGGUGGAUGGUUCCUCCUUUGAAUUGGCUGGAGAGUCUGGUAUGUGCCGCGUGCGUCACGGCUACCGAUCCUGUCUUGGCCUCAUCCGUCGUUGGUAAGGGUAAAUUCGCCAAGCGAGUUCCCAAGCAUUUGCGUGAUUUGUUAUCGGCUGAAUCGGGAUGUAACGAUGGCAUGGCAUUCCCUUUUAUUUACUUAUCGUUUUAUAUUUGGAAAUAUCGGCCUGAUGCGAAUAAGGUAUCGCUGAAUUGGUUCUGCGUAACUAUCCUUUAUGAGUGCAUCUUUGGAGCUGUUUAUGGCUUCCUGAUUGGUUAUUUCGCCCGUCAUUCUAUCAAAUUUGCCGAACGCAAGGGGCUGAUCGAUCGUGAGAGUUUCUUGGUGUUCUACUUCGUUCUGGCCGUCUUCUGUGCCGGCUCUGGCAGUUUACUGGGUAUGGACGAUUUACUCAUUGGAUUCUCGUGUGGUGUUGGCUUCAGUAACGAUGGAUGGUUUACGGAGAAGACGGAGGAGUCGCAUGUCUCUAACGUUAUUGAUCUUCUUCUGAACUUGGCUUACUUCGUUUACUUUGGUGCCAUCAUCCCUUGGGAACACUACAAUGCCCCCGAUCUUGGUCUUGUCCCUUGGCGAUUGGUGGUGAUUGCGCUUUUGGUCAUUUUCUUCCGCCGCAUACCUAUCAUGUUACUCUUGAAACCCUUUAUACCGGACGUGAAAACAUGGCGUGAGGCUCUGUUCGCUGGUCACUUCGGCCCCAUUGGUGUCGGUGCUAUUUUCGCUGCUAUUCUGGCCAGAGCUGAGCUGGAGCACGAUAACACAUCCCCACUUCCUGAGAGCGCUCUUCCCCAGCCUGGAGCAGAUAAUUACUAUAUCGUGCAGCUGAUCUUCCCUAUCACGACCUUCAUGGUUAUCUCGUCUAUCCUGGUGCACGGUUCCUCGAUUGCAGUGUUUACUCUGGGAAAACGUAUCAACACCUUGACCGUCACGCUCUCAUACACUCAAGCCAACGAAGAAGGUCCUUCAUGGAUGAACCGUUUGCCCCGAGUGCAGUCAAUUGCCAAGGGCUCUAUGUCCUUCCGCAAGCCAGACGAUCUCGAUGCUUCAUCCGAUGAGAAAUUACCGGAAUAUCCUCCUGGCACUCUUCCACCAAUUGGUAUGCCUGGCACUUUCCUGCGUCGGGUCCGUGAUGAAGAGGACACCGAUACACAGACCAUCGAUUCCACCAGAAAGCCUCUCCGGCGCAGACGACGCAAGCACCGCAAGCACGACGAUGUUGGUGGGCCCAUCAGCCAGUCUGCUAUUAUGCCGCAAAGACGACCCGAGCAGGAAUCCGACGAGGAAAAGAAAGAGCUUGAAGAGCGGGAUGCCGUGGAGCGUGGAGCUUCCCCUCCUACCGCUGAGCGGGAUCGCUUCGGCCGUGAACCAGAACUGGAAGUGUUCCAAGAGGGUCACCACAUGAUCAUUGAGGAUGAGGAAGGCAAUGUACUCAAGACUGAGGAUACAAGCAACCUUACUCCUGAACAACAGGUGGCCCAUAUCGAGGAACAGCGGAGACGACUGGAGCAAGACAAGAGUGGUGAACUGGCUAAAUCUCGCAGCAAGCCACAUGAGAAAGACGAAGGAGAGGAGAUCAAGCACGCUGUGGAGGAACAGGUUACACAGCAGGCUGAGAAAGCUCGCAGUCGAUGGACUAAUUGGACUGGUCUUGGGAAAGUGCGGCUUAAGGACAAGCAAGAUGAGUCCAAGCCUACUGGUGAAUCUUCCGGAAAGCCUCCUAAGCACCGCUCUGCCCAUGCCUACCAAUUUGGUAAUACCAUUAUCGUUGAGGACGAGGAUGGAGAGGUCAUCAAGAAAUACACCAUCCCUGCAGGUGACAAAACAGCCAAGCCCAAGCCUGAUGAACAAGUUGGACCAUCCUCCCAAGCUCCGAUCCGACGUGGUCUCACUCGUAUGGGAACCUGGUUCGGCAUGGAAGAAGAAGGAGGCGAGUCAUCUCAAGCCGGCCAGAAGAAACAGAGACCAGUUUAUCGAACUGAGACCGACGACUGGGCCACUGAUGAUGGCAUUCGAUUCACUCUGGCACAGAGCAUGGAUCUUGGUUCUGAGGGUGCGGGUCAGAAGCGUCGUAUGAACAAGCACGAGUUCUUCCAACAAAUCAAGGGCUUGGACGCCAAGACCCGUCGAGAUAUGGUUCAACAAAGUGAUGCGCCUGCCCCUGUCAAAGAAGCAGCUAAGCAGGAAGCUAAGAAGGAAGAACGUACCAACCAUCGUCUCUCAUCUGCCGCCGCCACCGCCGCAGCUGGUAUAAUCCCCGAGAACGAAGAGGACCUUGAAACCGAGUCCGUGACGGAUAGUCAACUCAGCAGUGAGGACGAAGGAUUCGACGACGAGGCUCACGGCAACGUCGCCGCGUCACUCGCUAAAUGGAGAGGUGCCACUUCUGCCCAGGAACGUCGCAAUAACCUCAGUCCCGCACCACCUCGAACCCGUAUACGUCGUGACUCCGAAGACGAUGGCACAGAACGUAUCCCACCCUCCGCACUCCGCGAAGCAGCAGGUCUCACCGCUCCACCUCGACAAAGAGAGGAUGAUACAGGCGAAACCCCCGCAGAGCGUCGUCGUCGUCUCGCUGCUCUGGGCCAGAUCCGGAGUGACUCCGAGUCUGAUUCCGAGGUUAUCGAAGAAGAGUCUGAUAGUGAAGAUGAUGGUGAACCUCGGCAGAUUCCUGCACUGGGUAAGGUUCAAUUCGCCGAUGACCCUCGACCAUCCGAGCAAUCCAGUCUUGGUGAACAGUCUCAAUCUCAAUCUUCCGGCUCGGGAUCAGGAUCAGGUGCACGAUUUGUACCAGGUCAUCGACCACGCGUUUCAUGGGGAGGUGAAAAGGGCCGAGAUCUCUAA